AAUCCGAUUUUACAUUUUGGGGGCUCAGUCCGGGAUCUAGUGCUAUAAAAAACAGUUUUUAAGUAAGUGACAGUAAUUAAAGAAAUGGCAGACAACGCAGAAGUUUUAACUGAUGAGCAAGUGGCCCUGAUGACCGUACCUGAGAUAAAAGACGAACUCCGAAGACGACGUCUCAGGUUAGCUGGCAGAAAGAGGGAACUUCUCGAUCGGUUGAUGGCAGCAUUGAAGUUAGAACGGGAACAUGGUGCACACGACGACGACGACGAAGAAUUGGAUGACGACGAAGCUGAAGACGAUGAAGACGAAAUCGUUGGAAGCCAAAGGGCAAUCGCCCAAGAUGACGACGAAGAUGACGACGAAGAAGACGAAACAAACCGUGGAACUCCCGAUAUAAGACGAAACCGAAGACGAGCAGAGCCUAGCCGUACCCUAUUAUUGCUCAAAGACGUUGAGGAUUCAUUAGAUAGAUUCAGUGGAGAUGACCUGCUGAGUAUAAGCCGAUGGAUUGAAGAUUUUGAAGAAAUGGCGGAAGUGUGUGGAUGGAAUGACGUUCACAAAGUUGCGUUUGGCAAGAAAUUGCUAACAGGUUCAGCGUUGGCAUUCAUGCGCCAAGAAAGAGGUAGUAAGACGUGGGCGAAAUUCAAAAAAGCCCUCACAGAGGAAUUUGGUGAUAUAGUGACGGAUCAACAAAUUCACAGAGAAUUAACGCAGAGAAAGAAGAAACAGGAUGAAACGCUUCAACAGUACAUGUACAAAAUGCGAGAGAUUGCAGCACAGGGGAAAGUUGACACUCAAUCACUGAUUGAUUAUAUAAUACAAGGAAUACCAGACGAGGUGACCACGAAAGCUGUGCUAUAUGGGGCAAGGAAUCUUCAGCAACUCAAAGAUCGGUUUAAACAGUACGAAUCGAUGAAGAGGGAAAUGGAAGCGAAGCCGAAAACAGCCGAACGGAAGGAUGAUAGGAAAAAAGGUGAAGAGCAAAGUCAGCCUAGAAGAACAGGUGGGGAAAAACGACGGUGUUUUAAUUGUGGUAGUGACGGACAUUUAAGUGUUAGGUGUCCGGAAAGAGACAAAGGUGUAAAGUGCUUCCAGUGCAACGGGUUUGGACACUUUGCAGCAGACUGCGGAGAAAAGAAGAAAGAAGCAAUAAAGGAAACAUACGUUGUGUCAAGACCGGAGAAGAAGAAGUAUAUGAAGGAAGUGUCGAUAGAGGACUGUAAGUUUAUUUCAUUAGUCGAUACAGGUAGUGAUCUUACCUUUAUUAGAUCAGACGAAUAUGCUAAGUUAGGAUCACCACCUCUAGGUAGUCGUAAGCUUCAGUUCGAAGGGUUUGGUUCCACUGGCAAUGAAACUUGGGGUGAAUUUGAGAAAGUCAUGAAUGUCGAUGGGCACGAGUUUAAAGUAAUUUUGCAUGUCGUGUCAAAUAAAGUCAUGUCGAAACAUAGCUUAUUGUUGGGUACUGAUUUCUUGGAUCAAGUAGAGUUGCGAGUGAAACGGGGAGAGAUAACCUUUGUACGACUUGAAGAGCAGACGAACAGUCGUGAAGACGCACCAGAUAUUUUUCAUAUAAAUACUGUUGAGCAGACCGCUGAAUUAGAUUUGUCGCACGUAGAAGAACCGCAUUAUCGGGAAGAGAUCCGCGAUAUUAUCAAAGAUGACAAGCCGGAAAAGACGCGAGAUGUAGGAAUAGCCGCGAAAAUAGAGUUAAAGAAUGAUAAACCAGUAGUAAGACGACCGCGAAGAUUAGCAACGUCUGAGAAUAGUGAAGUAGACGGUUUGAUGAAGGAUUUUAAAGACUUUAUAGACAAGGGUGUUCUUAUUCUUUACAUGGAUGAUAUUAUUAUCCUAGCAAAGAGUUUGAAGGAAGCAUUGGAUCGGAGAUUGAAUACUCAGCUCUUCGUUCACACUCGCAACCGCACUCGGUCGUCUGCUGUCUCAGUCUGCCUCUUCAUCGAAAUUGGUAAAGUGGAAUAUUUUGACGAGCCGUGUGCUCAGCAGAUGUGA